AUGAAUUUCGACAGAAAAAAAAUUAUACGAAAUAUUGAAAAAUUUUCAAUACGUUUCAAAAACAAUUUCAUUUCAGAAGUGGAAUCAAUUUCCCAGCUGUUGAAACAAUCUCACAGCAUCGAAAGACAUUCGCCCAACAUAUGCGCGGACCUCUACCAAGAAUUUUGCAAACACGUCGAUCAAAUGAAUAGUGAAAGAAAGCUUCUAAUCGAGCCAGAUUUCAUGAAGAAUAACGAGCCGAAUGAGGAGAAGAAAGAUGACGUUCUAUCGUCAAGGGAGAUCGGAGAACAAUUGAAAGAAGAACAAAUAAAAUCAUUGAUCGAAAAGAUUCCCGGAAAUUCAAUAAGUACAGACGAAUUCGAAACACACGAAGAGCUAUCCGUUCAUUUGCAGAAUCUUGGAAUGGACGCAGCGUUGAAAGAUAAAAUAUUAAAAAGUAUAAACGCUCCGAAAACCGAGGAGCAAAGAGAGAGAGCAAAAAGGGCAGCUGAGAAGUUGAAGAAGAUCUCCAGAGAAGCGAUGACAAAGGGAAAGCCUCUAUUGGAACAAUCUUCCCCUGUUAAAAAUCAGAAACAAUAUCUUGAAAACAGUAGACAAUUUUUCAUGGAUCUGUUAAAAGAGUUUUUCGACAAUGAUGAUAAAGACGUUAAUCCCACCAAGAGUGUUGAUGAAAAAACCGAAUUGAACUCGAUUAUUGAAACAGUCACUGAUAUUUCAAAGAAAACUACCAUAGAAGAAGCUGUAAAAUUAUCGUUGGUUAACAAUGACAGAAGUCAGGGUGAUGAAAUUCUUGGCACAGAAAAAGAAAAUGUCAAUAAACCGAGGAAAAGUUUGGAGAUCCAGGUCUUUCAAGAAAACUGAAACAGAAAGUUUCAGAAAGAAAAUGUUAGUAUUUGAAAGAAAAAAAAUUUAAGGAAAAAGAUAAUUGGCUUUUCGCAUACGAUGGAAGACGAAAAAUAUCGUCGAUUUUAUGUUAAGUUGUAUUUCCUUUCCCACUGUAUUUCCUUCUUUUGUAUUCAAAUAAACGAAUUACGUUUCAAUUACUCGUGCAUCGAGAACAUUAAUAUCGUAAUAAAGAGAUCCAA